AAGCUAUCUGGUCAAGACCUACUAUUUUCCCAUCUGACAUCAACUCUGUGGAGCUGUACGUGUGUGUAUGUAGAUAGAGACUUCAGGGCUCCCACACUGUUCUCGCGUGCUUCGUGACGUUCCAGGAAACGCUCCUGACAUAAAACGCAUCUACUUCCGGUGCAUUCCCGGAAAGGAUUGACCGCGGAGGAAGCAGAAGGUCUGUGUGCUGAGGGAGGCUGGGUGUGGCAGCGAUGUCGUCCUUGUUUCUCUGCGCGUUGGUCAUCGUCCUCGCUUCGCAGGGAUGUCAGGCGGCAAAAGGCAGCUUCCUGUACAUGUACAACAUGUGUGGUCAGACCAAGAAUGUUGGAAUGAAGGAUUCUGGGAUUAUAAAAUGGAGGAUUGGAGACGGGUACCAGAGUAACUAUGACUGCAUCAUGACCCUGGCCUCAGCCGACCCCAGGCUCCGCAUUAACCUGCGUAUUGACAAGAUUGACCUGCGAGGAUCCAGUCUGGCAUGUAUGGAUACGCUGACGGCUUACGAUGGAAGGGGAGCCACGGGGAGGUCUUUAUUUACUGGUUGUGAUGAUGAUUACCUUGGAAGGAACAUGGUGUAUUCUAGCAGUGGGAAUGCCGUGUCCCUGCGCCUGUCAUCCACGCUGGGGUUUGGUAACGUCGGUGAUGGUUUCAGGAUUGCUUACAACACAUUCUACGAUGCAUCUGUGUCAGGAGGGAGAUGCCAGCCAGGCGAGUUCAGGUGCACCAACAACCGCUGCAUCGACCAGGCACUGAAGUGUGACAUCGAUGACGACUGUGGGGACAGAAGUGACGAAUCUGAAAACAAAGCUGAAGCUGGCUGUGAUUUCACCAAGGUGUUUAAGGGUAUCAUGAAGAUUGGAAUGACUGCACUGAUCAUCAUCAUUGUUGUGGUGGUUCUGGUGUGCCUCUGCUGUUGUGGUGCCAUCUACUUAGUCUGUAAAAGGAGAAAUGACUCUGGACAGACCGUGACCAUCCCCAUGCAGCCAGCUGAACCCCCUCCCCAGCCAUCCCCCCAGCCCUCACCCUACCCAGCUAAACCUGAACAACCUGAUCAACCAUACCCCCUCAGCAGCCUGGGGGUUACCCCCCUCAGCAGCCUGGAUACCCCCACAGCAGCCUGGCUACCCCCCUCAGCAACCUGGAUACCCCCCUCAACAGCCUGGCUACCCGCCUCAACAGCCUGGCUACCCCCCUCAGCCUGGUUACCCCCCUCAGCAACCUGGCUACCCCCCUCAGGGUGAGCCUGCUCCUCCACCGUAUCACCCCUCCUACCCCUCAGCCCCCCUACCUCCUCAAGACCCAGCAUACCCCCCUCAACAGUAAGGCCUGGAAACUUCUACUGAACUGAACGUCUUGCUCUGUAUGUGAAAAUAGGUAUGUGGAAAAAUGUGAUUCAAUACAACACCAGCACAAAUGUAGUACUAGUAAUGUUAGUCAGUAUAAACUGAUGCUUGGGUGAAACUUGCAUUUUGUACAUUGUACCUUUUCUAUCAAUUUCCUCUGCAGCAAGGAUAAGAGAAAAGUCAUUAAAAAAACACAGAACACUUUUAAACUUACAAGGAUCUUGAGUUUCACGCAUGGCAUAAGUAAUAUUAGUAAGUACAUGUAUCUGACCAUGUUGGUAUAUUAUGAAAACAUAUUUUUUAAAGUAAUUUAAGGAUCAAAGUUUGGAAAGUUGAACUCUGACCUGACUUUAAAAUAAAGUUCUAUUGUGUAGCAAAACCAAGAUAAUCCAUCUGUAGCGAAGUUGACAAGCAUGUCUUUUUUAUAACGGCAUACCUUUAUAAUAUUAUUCAAAAUUGAUACAUUUUAUAGAAGCUGCUGUCAUACUAAAUCAUAUUGGACAAAAGGAACUUCAUUAUCUGAAAAAGAUAAGUUUUAAGAUAUCUACAUGUGAUCUGUGUCGGUGUGGUGUGCAUGUAUGUACCAGGUUAUGUAAUUGUUGUGAGAAAUAAACAUCAGAUAAGUGAUAUCAUGAUAGACUGACAUUAACUAUACUAGUAUUGUUGUAACAGACAGUUGUACAGUUCAUGGCAAUUUUGUUUGUUUUUUCCUGAGAGACAAUUGCAAUUGUAUGUCAGAAUUUCAGAUUUGAUUUCAUUUCCACUGCCUGAAUUAUUAUAUGAAGGAUGAAAUAUUACCAAAAAAAGUUUGUUGUAAAAUUUUCACUUGGACUGCAAGUCAAGUGUCUAGAGGUUACUUUCAUCUGAUGAGUUAGUAACAAAAUCCUUUUUGUGAAUAUGUCAGGUAUUCAUCAUUUUAUUUUGUGUGAAAAACAAUUGAAGAAAAUUUCCUGUUGUGGAAUGUUUUGAUUCUGAUUUGAUUUCCGCAUUCAGUUUUAUAGAUGUACUUUUGAGAAUGAAGUUGAUUAUUGUCAGGUAGGGAUAGAAUAUCAUAAAAACAAGUUUGUUGCAAGAUCACAAGAUCAGUUUUCACUAAGACUGAAAGUCAAGUGUAUAUAUAGAAGUUACUUACAUCAAAUGAGUGAGAAGAUCCUGUUUAUGGAUAUACAGGUAUUUGUGAUUUUAUAAUUUUUGUGUGAAGAACAAAAUGUUUUAAUUUUUUUUAGGUUUGGCUCAAUACUUAAAGUCGCCAAAUAUGUAAUCAAUUCAGGGAUUGUUCAAAAUAUAAACACGAAAAGUGAUUUACCUUUCUACUGAAUGAAAUUAAUUUUUAAAAUUAAUGCAUUCUGUUUCAAAGGUAAAUUCUAUUAUAUUUUAGGAGUACACCAUCCUUACAACAUGCAAAUAGAUUCAAUUCAGAAUGCUUAGAUACUGUGAUGUAUUAGAAACUAUAGUGUACUCAGUUAUAUAUACACGCAUCUAGUUAUUGCUGUACAUGUUGAUAUCAUUGGAUUUACUUUAAAAUGUGUGUAUCUCUAGUUGUGGAAAACCUUACAAAUAUCACUGUGUAUUUUUGUGUCAGUUCUAUUUGUAAUUAUAUGACGUGUAACUAUACAAUGUCUGUUAACUGUUUUGCAGUGUCUUUUCUACAAUACAAGUGUGUUCCAUCGGCGAGUGCUAAA